AUGUCCACUACGCCACAAUGGCCAAUGAUUGACACGCCUGGCCAAGAUGCUUGGUCACGCGUCGGACAAUACUCAAUAGCGUGUGGUCACAAUUCUUGGCUUCUUUUCCCUCAUCAAUCUUACACUGUCUACGUUGAGAACCCAAGUAGUUGGUUUCAUUCGCAGACAAUGGCAAAAUGGUCUGCGCUGUCACCAGAUGAGCACAACGCCAAACACGUUAGAGUAGAAGCACUAUCAGCCUUGCAGGAUCCCGGCGCUUGGGCCAUCCUCGAGCGCUUCUUAACAACCGAUUUGACUUUUGGUGACAUGGAAGACAAAUUCCAUGCGUAUCUCGGCGAUCGUCAUCGACCGCUUGAGUGGACACCCACUAAAUUGGCGAUCUUCUCUGGCGAGCGUGAUGAUGCAUUGUCGUUAACCAAUUUGCUUGCGCUAAAGCAUCAAUACAUUCCUGAAGAUGACGACAUCGAGGAGGCCCCCCCUCUUACUCCUAAGAUCGAUUUUCUAGAGAUCUCAUUUGACAACGAUGGUGAGGAGGACGACAUCGAAGUUAUGGAUUUUCCCAUUCGCUCGCGCAAGAAUCUCUUCCUGGACAUCGAAGCCGGUGAAGAGGACAAGUCGGACGACGAGAUUGAAGGUGGCGUGCUCAGCCGCGCCAGUGUGACGCUUUUGCCGGCGCCAAGACAUAACCUAGCCGACGCAAUUCACAGAAUCGAGCAGAGCUAUCAAAGUGGCUCUAGCAGUACGAUUCAUCGACGUUCGCCAGAACACACUCGCAAAACCGCCCCCCUUCCAACAAGGAAUAUCCCUACGAGGAUGUACGUCUUCACAGUCAACGUCUCCGCGCGAGAGUUCCUUGCAGAGCACCUGGAGAAGCAAGGUCACUCUGUUGUUAUAUCGCCAUGGAUAGCGGCCCACCUUUACGUGACCUCUGAUAGUCCCCUCACCAUCAUGUCAACUGUCCCCGAAUCCCUCAAAACGUCAAUGAAGAAAUGGGACCGUAUAAGCAACGAAGAAGAGGCCGUAAUCAACGCGCUACGAUUGAAAUUCCCUUACCCCGCUUGGCUUAGAAUCAAGCGGGGGAAGUAUAGGGACUCCAUCGCUUAUGUUUACGAACCUGAGCAGAAAAAUAUGUUCAUGACCGUGCUCAUUCCUCCCAAGGAGUUCCCUUAUGACAUGCCGAAAGGCGCCACAGCGCUAUUCGACCCUUCACGCCUACCUACCCCGCUGUCCGACAUCCUUCGCGAUGGAGAAGUUGUCGGGUAUAAAUUUAAAGGCGAGGAAUACUAUAGCGGUCUCCUCAAAAAGAACUUUCAUCGUUACUGCACCGAGUUGGUGCACGUCCCUCACCCAGACGCCAUCCGACUUCACGUCCAAUCGGGUUGGGAUACCCCCUUCUGCAGAAAAACCGAAAUCUCCUUCUCUAAGCAGCUGUUGCGUCAGGGCGACUUGGUUCGCCUCACUACGCCAGACUUGCUUGGGCAGAUUUGCACGGUCAUAAGCACUGACCACGCAUUUGGGGGUUCGGUGAAGUUGGGAUUCAAGUUGGAUGGUCGAGAGAAGGCCAUCGAGGCUAAACUUGACCACGUAGAGCGCGUGUUCAAUGUGGGCGAUGAAGUUAGCAUUAUAGCUGGCGGCUACUUGGGUGUACAAGGUCAUAUCGUUGAAAGAGAUGACGAUAUCUUCACUAUUUGCCAGUUCGGAAUGCUGGAAGAGAUCGAAAUUUCCAAGUAUUACUUGGAUCGUCGUCCUAUCGAUUGGACCCUUCAAGGGCACAUGCCCGCCCAGUCAUACGUCGAUCCUCUCCCGGAGCCGAACACUAUUGAAAUCGGAGACUAUGUCAAAGUCACCAUUGGUGAUUUGUGGGCCUCAGCAGGCUUCAUUUGGUUCCAGGAUGAUGAGGGAGUUGUGCGCGCCGUGGACUUUGUUGGCGCUUGCUUGACAUUAGAGACUGAAUUAUCAGAAUUAGUACGACCGAACCCUAACAGCCACGUCGUCAAUCCUAAUUUUGUGCAGGUGACAGUUCCCAUUCGAUUCGUCAUGAAGACGCGUAACGCUCCCCUCGACACCUUCAACAAGUUCAUCAACAAGGAAGUGUUCGUAAUUGGAGGCGUCAAGAAGGGCUACCGUGCGACGUUGAACGACAUAUCUACCGACACUUGCAUUAUUGCUGUCCACGGUCAACCUCGCAUGACCGUUAGACUGCUGUGA